AUGCACGAGGAAUGGUGGCAUAAAAUUCAAGCAAAAGGAGGCAUUGAUGUGAAGUUGGUAAUAAUGAAACAGAAGUUUGCCACUGAUUUGAAUACUCACCACGAUCGUUUCUCAAUCCCCUUUAAGCAGAUAAGAGAUUUCAGUUUUCUUAUAGAGGAUGAGAAGAGAAAGUUAAAGGAGCCCAAGGAGAAAAUACCAGUUACACUCAUGGAACUUUGUGGUUCUGAGUCUGAGAUGUGGCUAAGGCAAUGGAAUUUGAAAAGUAGCAGUACCUAUGUGUUGACAUCUAGUUGGAAGAAAGUCUUGGAAAGGAAUCAUCGAGGAUCAUCGGGAAGUUCAAACAAAAUGACAUAG